GCCAUGCAGCGUCUCGGGUGGCUCAGCUACUUUUGCUUUGCCUACAACCAGGCUACUUCCUCAGCACAGACAAUCGGGCUACGCGGUGCCAAAGACAUAGUGCAGAUCGCAGGGUCAGAGCCUUCAACUUCACGGGAGCCGUCACCACCACCUAGCAUUGGUGAUGCCACUCGCUUCGUGACCUGGAACCUUUACGUUUUCACAUUAGCAGGUCGAAUCAACCCCGUGGUAGAUGAGUUGUUGAGGAUGCAGCCGGAGAUCGCAGCCAUACCAGAAAUGUGGAAUGAGAAGUUUGCCAUUUUGGAUCGCCUCAACGAGGUGUCCGGCAACGUUUGGGCUUUUGCAACUGGUGGUGCCACGGAGCAGUACAACGAUGCAGACAUCUUGUUCCGCUCUGACAAGUGGGAGCACAUUGCAAGCGAUCUUGUUCCGUUUUCUUCUGGCAGAGCCAUCAACUGGGCAGUAUUGCGUCGCAAGUCUGACAAUUACACGCUCAUCGCUGCAGGCACUCAUCCUCUCUGCUGCCUGGGGGACUUUGUAAUCCUGGAGGCCGUGCAGUUCGUGACCAACGUACUUCACGAGGUACAACAGACGCACAGAUACCCGAUUGUGCUCAUGGGAGAUCUGAACACGGGCUAUUUCCAACCGUCCCAGCAACUUCUGAGGCAGGGAAGUGCAGAAGGCUUCGGCAGACACUGGACGGUUCCCUUGACGUUUACGGAUGCAUGGGCGGAGUUGAAUCCCGGCAACCCAGAUCCAUCAACUAUCAAUGAUGAUCCGGUUCGCUUGGAUUAUGUCUACUUCCAGAAGACGCCGCUUUCAAUUGGUACGUCAGCAGGUGCUUCGCUGCCUGACAUCAUGUCAGGCAUUUUCGUGCCCUGGCUCAUGACCUGGACUCCGAACUGUACAGGAUUUGCUGAUAUGCACGUACUUGUGAACGACUCGAAAAAGCUGUGGCCAAUGAGGGGAUGGAUUGGCAAGCGACAGACAUUCGCACCACUCCGCAAGGCCAAUGCACCGGAAGGAGUGGGGAAGGAUUGCUUCAAGCAAGUAGCCGACCCACUCCACGUCAUUGCUGCUGGCCGAUUUCAGCGUGGCGUCUACAGGGUUUUGGCCAAUCUGACCGGGGUUCAGUUACUGGGUUUGAGCUUCAUGUUCGCUUCCGAGGGAACGCGCUUCACUAGCCUAGAGCAGGCGGUGCAUCAUUGCGCGAAUUUAUGCAUGUCGGUGCUGGCAUGCCAGGCCUGGCAGUACUCCACCACUGCGGGUUGUUACAUGGAAGACCCUUACCAGGCCUCAAUGCCAUAUCCUCCUGUUAUUAGAAAAGGCACAAAGUUUGCCAAGACGGCUGUGGCGGGUCAGUACAUUCAACAUCUUUGCCCACAUGCUGUCAGCCGAGUUCGCGGGGACCACCGUGACCCUGACGUACAAAGAUUUACGGAGGAGAGUCAGGUGCUGGUCACCAAUGUUGCGGCCGCCGUGACACCCAAAAGGCAGAGUCUAGGUGGUGAAGCUGAAAAGGGUCCCAUCGAUUAUGUAACAGAGACUACGCCGGUCACUCCGGAGGUGACCAAUCAGGAAACCACUACGCUGCGCAUGGCAACUAGUACUUUGAGUGAGCAGGUCGCCAUCCCUCCGAACCUUCCAGGAGUAGUUGCCUCGGUGACUUCACUGCCAGCAGUUUCUACUUUGCUGCCUGGGCUUCAGCCUGGAGAAACUCCAACGCUUGCUCCAGUGAUUGUGCCUGCAAUUCCCGUCACGCUGCCGGCUGCGGUGCCGGCUGCUCUACCCACAGCGCUGCCCACUGCGCUGCCAACAGCGCUGCCCAGUGCCACAGCUCCACCAGUUGACAUUGUGGCAAGGACACCCAGAGCACCUGGCACGAUUGAGAGCAGAAGUGGGAAGCCAGCACCGCGCUAUCGAGAGAAUGGGCAGGAGCAGAGCAUGACAGUAGCAGAGCCCACGGUGCCAUUCAAGCAUCAUGCAGAGUGGCCCUUGGUUCUGGGCGGUUUGUUUGGAUUGAUUGUGGUUUGUGCUGGUGCACAUGCACUACGAGUCUAUGGCUACAACAAAGCCUCAUACUCCUGCGUGGAUCCAGAGGACUCAGAUGACUCUUUCUAG